UAUCUUGUGGCCGCCCAAUCCAUCUCCAUCUCUGCAACUCUGUUUUUCAGCGGGGCCGGAUUUUCUUUUGGCGCUUCUGAAACAUAGCUCUCUAUCAGAGUUCAGAGAACCUAGAUUUUCUCUGUCCCACUUCAAACUUAUCCCCUCCUCAUUUCUUACCUCUUCUCCUUUUUUUUCUUUUUCAAAAUUCUCUCCUUCUCGACUCUCCCUGAAGAAGAAGAAGAAGAAGACGACGGCGACGAACAAGAAAUCCCCAUGGAGUAUGUUCCAUCGUCGGAGCAUCUUUGCUACGUUCGCUGCAACUUCUGUAACACUGUUCUAGCGGUGGGAAUUCCAUGCAAACGGUUGUUGGAUACUGUUACUGUGAAAUGUGGUCACUGCAGUAACCUUUCUUUUCUAAGCACUAGACCUCCAUUGCCAGGCCAACGUAUGGAUCAUCACCAGCUUGGAUUUCAGUUCCUGGAGAAACAGGUUUUCUGCAACGACUACAGAAGGACCCAAUCCUCCUCCUCCUCCUCGUCGACGUCUAGCCAACAGAUGUCUCCAAAAGUUCCAUAUGUUGUAAAACCGCCUGAGAGGAAACACAGACUCCCAUCUGCUUACAACCGAUUCAUGAAGGAGGAGAUUCAGCGCAUCAAGGCUGCUAAUCCUGAAAUACCACAUCGAGAAGCUUUUAGCACAGCAGCCAAAAAUUGGGCCAGGUACGUUCCACAUCCACCGACUGGAUCAGUUUCUGAGAAUAACAAAAAUAAUGAGCGAACUAGUGCUUGUGCAAUGGAAAGUAUUGACAGUACUUCCAAAAAAUUGGACUCCACUUGAGCACAGAAGUUAGGUUAUUUGUCAUUAACGUCUCUUUCGAACUCUCUCAUUUGCAGUUUUGCACAAGUUCAUAUGCUUGAUGAUGUUUGUUACUUCAUUUCUUAAUGGACUGUAUCAUUCCAGAUGUUGAGAUCCAUACACGUCUGUAAUUUGAAGUAUAUGUGCUUUGUUUUUGGAGGACCAAAUGUCUUAAAUAUUGUAACAUGUUGGGAAUUUAGGAUUCCAUGAAUGAAGUUGAAGUGACUUAUCUUAGA